CUUCCGGUGUGGGCAGGCGAUGACUUCCGGCGCACAUGGCAAGAUGGCGGCGCCCAUGGGUGUGCUGCUGGAAUUUGGAGGUGGCGCUGAGCUGCUGUUCCAGGGAAUCAAAAAGCACCACGUGACCCUGCCCGGCCGACCGGAUCCUUGGGACAUCAGGCAGUUGCUGGUUUGGAUAAAAGAGAAUUUGCUGAAGGAGCGCCCCGAGCUAUUUAUUCAGGGGGAUACAGUGCGGCCGGGUAUCCUGGUUCUCAUUAAUGACGCUGACUGGGAACUGAUGGGCGAGCUGGAUUACAAGAUUCAAGAUCGAGACAACAUUGUGUUCAUCUCCACGUUACACGGCGGAUAGAGGAAGACGUCUGCUUACGGGGGAGAGGGGCAUCCCUGGCAUCUUCAUCAACACAUGUAAUGUGGCGUUUUUUCUCCGUGAGGUGGUACAUACAUGUGACGUCUGCCAAGCCUCAUCUUAUGUCACGUCUUCAAGCUAAUAGGUCAGGCCCAUCUGCUCCGUGACGUCUCGUCUACCGGUGGCCUUAUAAACACGCAUCCUAAUUAAGGAUAUUAUAUUUCUGGACGCCGUCUUCUACUUCACUUCAUUCUUAUUAAAUAUGACGAUUUUUUUUUUUUUA